AAGGAGUUCUUUAAUAUUUGUCUAACGUAGUGUCGCUUCUUUCGAAUAUUUUAUUGUUUAUGAUGACCACUGUAAUGCUUGGAUGAACACACAAAGGUAAUAUGUUAUUUGACAGAAAGAUAUUUAUUAUUUGAGAAACCAGAUAAUCCGGUUUGUUGAAUCGAACAUGCAUUUGCUUACUUCGUUCCAAAAUUAGUUUCAAUUGAAGAAAUAUUAUUAAAUCCGAAGAAAUCUUUCUCCGUGCAUGAUGAUUAUAAUUACAAGUACCAAAUAUUCUCUCAAUGCGCACACAGUAACAGUAAUGAAAAUGCGAACGUCGACCACUCUCGGGUGUCCCCUGAAAACUGAGAGAAGCUCGGAGUUGAAAUUCCUCUCUCUGGAAUUUAGAUUCUCGUUUCCGAUAUCUCUCUCUCUCUCUCUCUCUCUCUCGUGGGGCACAGAAGCCCAGCCCCCCGGAUACCUCAACGGAGUCGAGGACGCUGGAAUGCGCCGUGAAAAUAACACCGGGAAAAAUAACAUCCCCAGGAAGAAGCUCCGGCGGUCUACCGGCGACGUUAGAAAGUGUGACCGCGACUUUCCGCGACUGAGGUUUUAGAACGGCCGCCGCGCCUUUUCUUCCCCAGAUCUCCCGAUUUUACGUAACGAUCCUCGAGCGAUCUAUAAACGCCGGCGUCGCGUUUUCCCUAUCCGAUUGGCGACUGAGGCGCGAUCGCUAUGCUAAGAUCGCUAAGAGACCAGUGUUCAAGUCUCCACCAUCAAUCGCGGCCUUCUUUACAUUUACCUCUGCUCCCUCUCGGUGCCCUCCGCGCGCGCACACACGCAUACAAACACACGCGGCAUACCCGCUCAUUUAUUCACUUGUUCACUCGCUCGCUCGGUCAUCCGCUCGCUCGCUCGUUCACACGCACACACACACAUUCACUGACUACCUGACGAGAACUCGAGCUCGGGCGAGUCACGUGGCCACCGAUCGCGAAGGAUGUUUGCGGGAUCGCCAAGUCAGUCCGCGGCGGUCGGCUCGUCGAGAAAGAGAGGAGGCUCGAUCGGCCGGACGAAGUAGAGAGAGACGGAGAUACUGGAUCGGAGGUGUACCGCCCGGGGUCUCGGGAUCGUCUCUAGCUCUACCUGUCCGACGGCAUUCGGUGCGCGUCGCUUCAGGUUUUUCCUCGCGGGUUCACGCGGGUGUGUGUACGCGCCGAGUGUUCUCUCGCGUUCGCCGCGGAAUCGAGCUGACGAGGAAGGGGAAUCCUCGGAUGCUUCCUUUCGUCCAACACGGCUUCCGGGCCGAAAAUCAAGUCUCGGGGCGUAAUCGAGGCUCGACGUUAGGCGGGGGCCGAGUGUUUCCCUGAUUGAUCGGCGCGUUAGAAAGCGGACGCCGCUUUCGAUCGCGCGGCGUUCUCGCGCGCGGAGUAGACGCGAUGUGACUCCGUCGCGGGUGUGUGAUGUGUGCGGGUGAGAAGUCGUCAGCACCUGGGGAACCAGCGUCCUCGGCUUCCCUUCGCGCGCCGACUGACAAACGAUAACGGCGGCUCGUUAUCGCGAGCGUUCCCGAUUUCGCCGCGAGGCUCGCGAGGGAGAAACGAGGGAGGAGGAGCGCGAAAGGUGAGCGCGGAAAGGUGAGCACCGCUCAGCUUUUCGACGGGCGAUCUUUCGCGCGAUCGCCGCAUCUGUCCCGCAUCGCGAACAGUUGGCGCGCGCGCGCGCGAUAGAAAGUUUAUUCGCGCGUGUGCGAUAAGCCAGGUCGCGGGUUGGCAGCUCGCGCUGAGGAGGAUCGCGGGAUCGGCGAGUCCUACCUGCGCGGUCUCCUCGUGAAAAGAAAGCACCGGAGCGAUCGAGAUAGAAAGGCCGGAGUAUCGAGGCCGCAACUGAGCCACAUCUCUCGGCUGAAUCCGAGCUGAAUGGGAGAAAGGAGCGUAGGAGAAGCCGAGAGACUUUUGUGGAAAAUCACCGCGGGAUCCUUGAACCGCGCGACGGAAUUGUAUGCAAAAGCGCGCGCGGUUUCGCAACGCGCGGCUCGCUCGAGCAGGAAGGAGAAUUUCCGAAAUCGCCGAGCUUGGGCCGGUUAACGAUGUGCUUGUAAGGAACACACGACGCACCGGAAUUGUAUGCAAAAUCACUGCGCGAUAUCGCGCGGCAUCGGUGAUCGCGCUCGACCCGCUUGCGAAUAAAGAGGACGAGGCGGGAGUGCUCGAGGGGGAGAGAAACGAAAGAGAAGCGAAGGAGAAGGAAACUCGAGGCGAAUCGAGGGUACCGCAGGACGGCGGUAACGAUCUCGCUGGCGCAACGCGGCGCAAAAGCGCGUGCAACAUUGCACAACGUCGUCAGCCCGGGCGCAACUUUUCCGAAACAACGCGGCGUCGUCCGCCGUGAUGAUCGCUUUAUCUACCUGAACAGCCGGUGAACUGACUCAUCGCGUUAUCGCUGAGAGAGCGUGAAACAUCGCCGAGGCAAAUAUUGAGUCGGCCGAGGAAUUCGAGGAGUGAGCGAGAGCGAGCGAUCCGACACCGCCGGCGCGAAAAGCGUCGCGCGAGUUUGCCGAGCGCACACAACGCCGUUUUGUACAUUCUUCGCUCGGCCUCGCGCGAUAAACACGGUGAUAAACGUCGCCUCUUAUCUCCCGCGAAGAAGCUCCGCGGAGCGUUCGUUUCCCUCUCUUCCUCUCGCGCGUCAGGUGAAGGUAUCUCGCAUCGCCACUGACAUUUAGUCAUUGCGAAGUAACGCCGCGCGUGCCUGCCUCGGCGAAAUUGCGGGUCAGUCGAUCGAAAAGCUCACGGGUGAUCGCCGAUGAUAAUCGCGAGAAAUUAUCCUCCGCUCGGGAAUUUCGUCACGUCCUCUCCGCCGGGCCUCUCUUUCUCUCUCGCGCCGUAUUUUGUCCGCAGUGCGAACUAUUUGAGGCGUCGCGGCGUGAGUGCGCGAAAUCGCCAGCCGGUGUGAAACCGAAGUGGCCGAGGGUGCAGCCGCGGAUGAAUCGUUAUCUCGGGAGCGGCCGAUUUCGUUUCUGAUACGCCGAUUUUAUCCGCACCGCGAAGUGUGUCGCGUACGCUCUCAUUGUCACGCGUUCGGGCUCGCGUCGAGAAUGAUAGUCGGUUAGGUCGGCGCGAAAAAGCAGCGGAAUGCAGCUGGCGACCAGUCAGAGGCCUCACCCGCCUCCGGUGCCGCCUCGGCCGAGUCGGCAGGUGGUUGCGGAGGCCCUUAAGAGAUCGCCAAGGCCGCCCUGCCCCACCAGGCAGGCCCCGCCGCCGCCGAACACGAAGCCCUGGAGAUCCAGUCAGCAGCAGCUUCAACAACAACAAGUACAACAACAGGUGUCCCCGACCGGCGGACGUACGAUCGUGUACGAGUCCACCAAGGAGUGCGCGAAGGACUGUAAGGACGAGACCGUGCUGAGCGAGGGAAACCAACGGGAUCCGAAGCGAGGCGCGACUAUCGACAGAAACAACGACGAGGAUAGCUGUUGUCCUGAAAAUCCGGCGGAUCGCCGAAAAUCGAACGACGGCAAGAUCCUGGUCACGCCUCACGAUCACCACCAUCACCAGCAGCAGCACGAGAGCGGCAGUGCUCCGGAGAAGACCCAAGCGAUAUACCCCGUAGGAAAGCUCGCGAGCAACGUGGUGCGCAAGCGAAACAGCCUGACCGAGGAGCAACGGCCGUGCAGGCCGUUGGAGGUCCGCCGGAACUCCCGCGGGAAGGACCAGGCGAAUCCAGCGGAGCACCCAAGCCGGUGCAAGGACUCGCCCGGUAAAGAUCAACGGAGGGAGGACACCUCGACGGAGAGGGCGGUCGAAGUGGCGGCCGUCGGCUCGAAAGACCGACCCNCGGCCGUCGGCUCGAAAGACCGACCCGAGCCGGCGUCGAGGGCUCCGCCGCCGGUGGCUGCCAGGAGCAACGUGUCCUUCGAAGACGAGCAUCGUGCGUCUUCCAGCCCGGAUUCCGGCCGAGUCGCGGUGACUCAUUCGGAAAAACGCAGCCCGGAGAGAGAGGCGAACGGGCAGGACGUUCGGCCGACGCCCACGUGCAGAUUGUGUCCCGCUGAGCAGGAAGCGUCCUUGGCGAGUGAAAAGGCUAUCAGAAACGGCGCCGAGGCUGCGAUCGAGAGAUCAGGCAAGCCGACGAGCGGCCUCCCGAGCGUUGACCGCGCCACCACGGUGUUGGUCGUCGACGACGAAGCGGAGCGUAAAGUCCUCACGCCCGACGACGACGAAGACAGUCACGACAGCGACAACAACAUCCACCGGCAGGACUGGCUGGAGGCGGGGGUCCGUUACUCCUCCACGCAGAUCACCCUGCACGGCGACGGCGACGCCGUCGACGGGGACCGCGUCAACGGUUACGACCAUCGCGAGGAGGAGAGAAUUACCGACCUUGAUUUCAUCAGCAUACAAGAAAGGAUCGCGAUGUCUUCCCUGCAGGGAUUGCCUCCGUUGCCGAGGAGCCUGAGCGGUUUCAACCUGAGCGCCGGCCGUGGCGAGAGUGGAGAGCCGCCUCCACCGCCCACGAGGUCGUCCAGUAAAUCCCAAAGAGGCGGUAAAACGUCGGUGCAGUCGUCGUCGAGGCCGUCGCCACCUGCCAGGCAACUUACCACCCUGGAUACCCAGCUGGCGGUGCUCAGGAGAGAAAUGUUCGGCCUGCGGCAGCUCGACCUGUCGCUGCUGUCCCAGCUGUGGUCGCUGAACGAGUCGAUCCAGGAGUUUCGGCAGCUGCUGCAGGAGCAGGAGGACCGGGCGCCCUCGCCGUCGCCCAGCAGCGAGGAAGGGGACGACACGUCGUACGGAGCGCAUCCACCGCCGCCGCCGAGGCGGCCGGCGCCCACGCUGCACCAUCAUCGACCGCCACGACCACCCAGGCCGCCCAGGCCGUCGCCCAGCGACGAGUCGCCGUCGAGCGAGGAGUACGGGGCAGUUUGACGUAUCGUCACCGAGAGGAAGAAGCACACCAGACGGUCCCGCUCGUAUCAACGCCCUUAGAUCGUCCUGGGCUGGUCGCUUCAGGGGAAGAAAGAAAGAGGGUCUCCCGAGAUCAUCGGGAGACCGACGUCGUGGAGACGAUGAUAUCGCGAUCUCGGCCACUUCGUUCACCCCCCCCC